UUCAUAAUAAUGAUCAUAUUUUAGCCAUAGAAGACUCAUGUAAGAAGAGGUAAAUGGAACGCGAAAUGGACUAAAUGCGUUUUGAAAUCAUGAACGCCUGCAAGGUGAAAUUAUGCGCGUCACUUUUUAUGUGGCUUGGAAUAGUUACGUGGAUUAGAAAUGUGAAGUUGCAUCUUUGGUUCGUAUUUGUCCAGCAAUCCACUGAACGGGACGUUGUAUGUUCUGUUGCAAACGAGCAGGUAAAUAUUUCUAAAAGACACGCGCCAGUGAACGCAAGAUUGCGCGAUGGGAAAACUUUUAGUAUUCUGGAUAACGCGAUCGAGCACCGGGUCUUCUGGAGCUCGUGGCUCGACGGUCUCUCCACUCGUGUUUUUGGCGUGGAGCACGAGAGGAAGUGGAGAGAGCAGGUUCGGGACGCUCGGGUGGUUGUGCUGGAAGCGGGCUGCGGCCGACCCACAAACCGCCUAGCGACCUUCGCCGACGGCACGAGAGCAUGCGUGCGAUACGGCAUAGACGCGGAUCAAGUGCUGGGAGAAACGCUCUCGUAUUAUCUAGCGGAACUGCUUGGGAUUUCCAACCUUCCGCCCUUGGCGCUUUCCAAACUGAACCUGUCCAGUGAGCAGUGGGCAAGUGUGCGAGGAAAUAUCGAGGCGUUAGAGUGGUCGCCAAAUGCCAUUGUGUCUCUCACUGAGUUCAUCCCAAAUGUCACUGGAGUGUUUAUUCCAUUGCAUUUGCGGAAACAGCAAGUAGGAGGUCUGCAACUCUCUGCUGAGAAUAUAUCUAACAUGACUGUAGCGUAUCUGGUUGAGUUAAUGCAAUGGAGUGAUCUAAUCAUAUUUGAUUAUUUAACAGCCAACUUUGAUCGAAUUGUCAGUCACAUUUUCAGUCUCCAGUGGGACGCGCGCGUGAUGGAGAGGACCACUAAUAACCUUCUCAAAACAAUCAACGGACAUUUGCUUUUUAUUGAUAACGAGGCAGGGCUUGUUCACGGAUACAGAGUGCUUGACUUGUGGGAACGAUAUCACAGACUACUGCUGGCUUCGUCGUGUAUUUUUCGCAGAAGUACAGUCCGGCGUGUUUCUGAGUUGAAGCGCUCCGGAAACAGCGCGAAGCUGCUGUGUGAACUGUACCGCGCGAGGGAACCGUUGGCGCGCGAGCUGGGCUCUCUGUCUGAAGAGCACGCGCUUACGUUGCAGAACAGGAUUGAUGUGGUUUACAAACACAUUAAGCAGUGCGCAGAAAUCAUGUAGACAUUUGCGAGCUCAGGUGGUUCUAUUUGUAGGUGCUAUAAAUACGUUGCUGUCUGUAGUGUACUGUUAUCGUGUCAUUCCAAUGUGAACUUAUAAUGCUUAGUAGAAUUAAUGAAUAACGUGGCAGAAUAGGGAUAUUAGCAAAAGG